CCUCCCUCUGCAGAGCCAUAGAGAGGAACCGGUUAGCGAGGGCCUUGGUGGAGUGCUCGGGACUCGGAAGCCGCCGGGAUUGGAGGGACCGGACCGGAGGGACUGGAGGGACCCGGAACCUGGGCAGAGAAGUGGCCUUCAGGGCACUGGGCGGAGCGCAGGCGGGGAAGAGAGGGCUCGCCACAGUUCAGGCACACGCGAGGGGCAGCCCCGAGCGCCGUCCCACAAGCCCCCGCGGCAGCCGGGUCCUGACGGGCCACCCGGUCUUCCGCCGCACGUGCCUUUGCCGCGAUGCCCAAAUCCAAGCGAGACAAGAAAGUUUCCUUAACAAAAACUGCCAAGAAAGGCUUGGAACUGAAGCAGAACCUGAUAGAAGAGCUUCGGAAAUGUGUGGACACCUACAAGUACCUUUUCAUCUUCUCUGUGGCCAACAUGAGGAACAGCAAGCUGAAGGACAUCCGGAACGCCUGGAAGCACAGCCGGAUGUUCUUUGGCAAAAACAAGGUGAUGAUGGUGGCCUUGGGUCGAAGCCCAUCUGAUGAAUACAAAGACAACCUACAUCAGGUCAGCAAGAAGUUGAGAGGUGAAGUUGGGCUGCUUUUUACCAACCGCACGAAGGAGGAGGUGAAUGAGUGGUUCACAAAGUAUACAGAAAUGGAUUUUGCUCGAGCGGGGAACAAAGCAACUCUAACUGUGAGCCUGGAUCCAGGGCCCCUGAAGCAAUUCCCUCACUCCAUGGAGCCACAGCUGAGGCAGCUGGGGCUGCCCACUGCCCUCAAGAAAGGUGUAGUGACCCUGCUGUCUGACUAUGAAGUAUGCAAAGAGGGUGACGUGCUGACCCCAGAGCAGGCCCGUAUCCUGAAGCUGUUUGGGUAUGAGAUGGCUGAAUUCAAAGUGAUCAUCAAAUAUAUGUGGGACGCCCAGUCUGGACGAUUCCAGCAGAUGGACGAUGACCUGCCUGAGAGCGCGCCUGAGUCUGAGGGAGAGUCUGAGGAGGAGGAUGACAGCUGACUCUGAGAGCCAGGACUAAGGCCUUCCAUGGAGUUCUUCAUCUCUGCUGGACACCCCACCCCACCCCAGCCCNGGACAGCUGUCACCACUCUAGAGGGAACAGCUAUUUAUUUUGCUGUGGACAAAGACAAGGGAGGGUGCUAGGGAAUGACUUUGUUUCUAUAAAGAAUAAAAUUGUGUCCGCGGGGUGUUCCCGGGAGACAGCAGGAGA